CCGUCGCCGCCUCCAUGAGGACUAGCCGCUUGGGUCUGCAAAUGGCUUUGCCCAACUGCGGCCAGGGAUGCGCCGUCGGGGUGUGGGGCAUGAGAGGAGGAGGAGGAGGAAGAAGAAUAGCAGUGAUAAUCGUCAUAAUAGCAGGCUAUUGCAUAGGGUUGUGCAAUCGAAGGGGCCGCCAGGGGCCAUCCAGUCCAGCCCCCACUUGGGCACAAAGCAGUCGCAGGGCUGCAGGAUUGCCAGCAGACGGACCUCUGCUGAACAGCCUCCAACAAAGGAGAGGGAGAGAGCUUGCCAGCUUGUGUGGUUUGGAGGGGUCAGAACUUCAUCAUCAUCAUCUUUGAACUGUCUCAAGGACAUGAAGAGCAGAGCUCCAUGGGUUUGGCGGCCGCCCCCUACGCCUGCCGCCCGGAGCCCCUGGCACCCUCCUAACAGAUGCCCCUGGGCACCACGCCACCAUGAAUCUCCUGGUGACCAAGGUGCUGUCCCUGGUGGGGGUCUUUGUGCUGAUGCUGGGGGGGUCCUUGCUGCCUGUCCGCUUCAUUGCCACCGACGGCGAGAAGGCAGAGCGCUCCCAGCGCAUCAUCUCCGUCUGCAACUCCUUCGGAGGCGGCGUCUUCCUGGGCACCUGCUUCAACGCCCUGCUGCCGGCUGUGCGAGAAAAGCUGGCGGAGGUGCUCAAGGUGGGCAACGUGGUGACCGACUACCCUCUGGCUGAGACCAUCAUGCUUCUGGGCUUCUUCAUGACGGUCUUUGUGGAGCAGCUGGUGCUGACGGUGCGCAAGGAGCAGCCGUCCUUCAUUGACCUGGAGACCUUCAAUGCCGGCUCGGACGCAGGCAGCGACUCUGAGUUCGAGAGCCCCUUCCUGGAGCCGCCCUCCAAGCGCCACCACUACCACCAGGGCAGCUCGACCAGCCACAGUUCCAGCCAGUGCGGCCUCAACGUCCACGAACUCUCGCGCUCGACUCCGCUGCGCCUCUUCAGCCUGGUCUUUGCCCUCUCAGCCCACUCCAUCUUCGAGGGGCUGGCACUGGGCCUGCAGGAGGAGGGGCACAAGGUCAUGAAUCUCUUCCUGGGCGUGGCCAUCCACGAAACACUGGUGGCUGUGGCGCUGGGCAUCACCAUGACCAAGACGGGCCUCACCCUGCGCGAGGCGGCCAAGCUGGCGGGCCCCGUCAGCCUCAUGAUCCCGCUGGGCAUCGUCAUCGGGAUGGGCAUCGAGAGCCACCACAGCGUGCCCUCCAGCGUAGCCUCGGUGCUCCUGCAGGGCAUUGCCAGUGGCACCUUCGUCUUUGUCACCUUCUUUGAGAUCCUGGCCAAGGAGCUGGAGGACAAGAGCAGCCGCCUCCUCAAGGUGCUCUUCCUUGUCCUGGGCUACGCCGUCAUGGCCACCCUUGUCUUCUUCAAGUGGUGACGCCGUGGCCUCCAGGCGGGGAAGCUCUUCCCCACCGCUGCCACCCUCAGCCACGCCCCAAGCCACGCCAAAGAGUCCAGAGGGCCGCGCACAGAUUGCACUGCGUGAUGUGGCGUAGGCUCCGUGGCCUCGAGGCCGGUUGUAGGAACGAGACGCUUCCCGCUGCCCCCUUAGACACACACACUCCGGACCAGGGGGACCAAGAUGGGCCAUGGCACUGCCUUGCUCAGCUCCCCUCGCUCUCAGGGAGACCCGAGUCCCUGAGGCAGCUUGGCACUCAUGCCUUUCUCCUCCCCAGAUCCUGGGCAACCCCUCUCCUGCAAGGCAUGAACCAGUCAGGAGCAAGGAGAGCCACAACAGGACCUGGGCCUGAUUAGUUCCCGCUCCUUUUUCUGCCCUCCUGGCAAAGCUCUUGGCAGCCGGCUAAUCUGUGGUGCCUCUUCAGGGUCAAGGACACAGAAAGGGCGUCUUUUCCCCCUCUGGCUCCCCCCUUCUUUUCCUGGAGGUGAGGAUUGUGGCGGCAAGAGGGGAGACCUGGCUGCGCAGUGUUUCCCUCCAGGCCUGUGCAGUUUCCCCACAGAGUUUGCUCUUGUGGACGCAAAAUCCUGCUGGGACGUUCGUUGGGUUUCUUAGGGGGCGCAGGGAGGAGAUCCCCUUGUGGGCUUUUGCCAACUGUUGGCUGGUGGUCUGGCCCAGCCAAAGCUCACUGGCUGCCAGGAAGCCAAAAUUCACAGUCUCUCUCCCUGCAAAAGGUUCACUUUCCCCUCUCUCCAAAAGGCUCAUUUUUUCCUUCUCUCUUGCUGUGAGCAGAUUUGCCAGGGAGCCCAAAUCCACAGUCUCUGUCUCUCCUUUUUCAUUUUCCUUUGAUUCCCACCUGGCCAAAGCCAACCCCCCUCGUCCCCAACCCCACUUUGAGCCGCCUCCUGCUUUCUCCUUCUGGCUUCUUCUCCUCUCCCUCUUUGCGCCUGAGUGCGCAGGUGACACCUGAGCCUCUCCUUCCUUCUUCCCAGUCGAGGGGACCUGCUGCUAACGGGGUGCCAUGCACUUUCCUAAUCUCUCCAGCAGCCGGGGAUUUGCAGCACAGACAGAAAUCUCCUCCUGGCCCCCAAAUUCUCUGCCUCCUUGUAUUUCUAACGCUUUCCUUGAAGGGGAAGGGGUGGUGGAGCAGGGCUGUACCCCAAAAAGGUGGAAAGCCGGUUUGCUGGGACACUUGUGGGCUGCAAGGAGGAAAGUUGCCAUUGCUGUUCCUUUCAUUUAUUUGUUCAUCUGGGGUCUGAAGCCAGAGAGAGAGAGAGAGAGAGAGAGAGAGAGAGAGAGAGAGAGAAAGAGAGAGAGAGAGAGAGAGAGAGAGAGGCCUCUCGGCUGCUGAGUCCAGAGGCUUGGAUGGGCUAACGGAUCCCUGGAGCACAAAGAGGAGGUGGCAUGCAGACUCUUUCCUGCACCACUUUCAGGGUGGAAGGACAUGCAGGAGGCGAGGGGGGCAAGGGGGGGGUCUCAGUCUUCCUGCCACUGCUUCCCACCCCCAGCUCUGGCACCAGAGUUUUGGCUUUGAUUCAUGCUGGGAGAGAGACUCGAACACGAGGCUCAGAAGUAGCAGCUGGCAUGUGCCGAGGCCUCACUCUUCUCCUGUGCCCACCCUUCAGUUUCUGCAGUGGGAAAGGGAGCUGUCCUCAGCUGCCAGCCCCCUUCUUGCUGACCCAAAAGGAUCCGGCAGAGCUGUCUUGUCAAAACAACAUUGCGCUGGGGCUUUUUGCCACCUGACGAAAGAGGCUGGUGUGACCCGGAAGCUUGCACUGUCCUUUGGCCCCAAAUGAAAGAGCGACCAUAUCUCUGGCGGAUCUCUCUCUUUUUCUUAGGGGUCUGGGAUUAGGGUUCCAUCGCCCCCCAACCAAGUCUGCAGGUAUCCUGUGUUGACUUAGCUUGGCUGUGCACUUUCUGCAGAGGAUAUGCUGCCCAGGCCCACGUUUUGCAGGGGAUCCAAGUGCCUCCCUGGCGUUCCUUGGGUGUGGUGAGAGAGGGAGCCUUGGACUCUGGGGCUUCAAUGCUGGGAAAAGUUACCUGCUUGUGAGCAGAACACGUUGACGCUGCUUUUCCAUUUAAAUCCACAUCCUCUCCCCCCAUCAGAACUUUGAAUUUAGCACAGAGGAAAUUGUGCACAUGUGAUAUUUUUGCAUUCUGCUCUGGGGACAGGGUUUUUAUUUUAUUUUAAUAAUUCAGCGUAAUCUCCACUGUGCUAAAAAAUGAUAAUAACAGUCACCGGCCUUUUAUUCAGCCGCUCUUUAAAUAAAACACCUUUCAAAUUUC